AUGGUGCUUUCUGCUCGCUGUCCGCCAGCUCAGGUCGAUCUCCUCCCCGUCGUCCACGGGUCCGCCCUGUUCGGAAGGGGUGAAACGCAGUCGCUCUGCACCGCCACGGUGGGCGGCGAGGGGGACACGCAGGUGGAAGAUGACGUAAUGGGAAUGGCCACGAGGUCGCUGUUCGUGCACUACACCUUCCCGUCCUUUGCCGUGAACGAGACUAGGAAAGCUGGGGGCCUCUCGCGGAGGGAGCUAGGACAUGGGAGGCUGGCAGAGCGUGCCUUGAGGCCUGUAAUGCCCGACAUCGACCAAUUCCCAUUUCCUGUUCGGCUCACCGCGGAGACGCUCAGCUCGAACGGAUCAUCAUCCAUGGCAGCUGUGUGUGCGGGUUCUCUAGCCCUCAAGAAUGCCGGGGUGCCUAUUAAGUCUCUCGUUGCUGGUGUCAGCAUUGGCUUGAUCACCGAUGCACAAAUCGACUACGCACAGCAGGAGUCUGGGGGUGCUUUCCACAGCGAGUCGCGUGAAUCUCCAGGCCGUGUAGGCCGGCAUGUUCUGCUUACAGACAUCCAGGGCCUUGAGGACCACUUGGGCUGCAUGGACUUCAAGAUCGCGGGCACGGCGGCAGGCAUCACGGCCACUCAGCUUGACACCAAGUUCCCAGGGGUGCCCGUGGGCAUCGUCACCGAGGCGCUUCAGCCCUCCCUGAAGGCGCGCCGACAGAUCUUGGAGGCCAUGGGCGGCUGCCUGCAGAGGGGCCGCCGGCAGAGGAAGCCGAAGUUUGGGACGGUGGAAGUGGACAAGGACCUUGCGGGCAUUCUGAUCGGCCCCAGGGGGCGGACAAUCCAAGGCAUGCAGGCGGCGACGGGCGCCCGCCUCAUCCUCAGGUCCGAGGCCAAGGAGAUGGCAAUCUACGCGCCCACGGAGCAACAGUACGAUCGCGCCGAGACGGCCAUCCUGGACGUGCAGGGUGCCAACAUCCGCGAGGGCGACGUGUACGACGUCAAGGUCGUCACCCUGACGGACUUCGGCGCCUUUGUGGAGCUCCCUAACGGCUUCCAGGCGCUGCUGCACAUCUCGGAGCUGUCGCACUCGAGGAUACGGGCGGUGGAGGACGUGGUGCACGAGGGGCAGGAGUUCAAGGUGCAGUGUCUGGGUCGCGACCACAAGGGCAAUGUGAAACUGUCACGCAAGGCGCUGCUUCCGAAGCCACAGGGAUGGUCUUGA